CAAGACGAUCGCAGUACGGCAUGGACACGGAGGGAAAUAAGUUCGCGUCAACGUCAAAGGCGCUUGGCGGCCACGAUGAAGUUGAUUUUACCAGCGGUUAUGAGACACAGUAUCGCAAGGAAUAUAGUCCCCUAAAGCCAAUGUUUGUGCCACCGCCGGAUAAGCGAAACGCCUGGUAUCGCAGCUGGUCCACAAUAUUUGUGAUUGUAUUUCUCGCGAGCAUUUUUCUUCUGGGCAGCAUACUGCUGGUGGUGCAGGUCUUUACUGUGAAUGCAUUGCAGGUGUUGAUCAUUGUUACCAGCUAUGUAAUGAUAGCGGCACUCUUGAUCUGGCUGGAAGUGCAGAGCAUCAAGAUACUGUGAUUAAUGGGGCCACGUAACUCACGUAUUCAGCAAACCUUACCUCAAACUGUGACUAAUAUGCCGGAAUUUAGUUUAAUUUGUGUUGUGCAAACUUAUUGAAAAUUAUUAUCAUAUGUGAAAAGCCAUUUGCUGAUUAAGGCAUUACACUGAUUUCAACUAGCUUUUAUCAACAAAAUUUUAUUAUAUUAAAAAAUAUAUAUAUGUAUAUAAAGAUAAACGUUUGGAAUCAUUUUUGUGCAACUUUAAAUCAAGCGACAACUGUUAUAUAUAUAUUCGUAUAGCUCUGCUGUGUUAUAUACGAACGUGUUAAGUGUAAUAAAACCACGACCAAUAAAUGAACCAUCCAUAAAGUGUGUGUUCUAUGCACGACUUUGAACUAAAUUUUUAGAUAACCACAA